AUGGGCAAGACUGCUACUGGUGUCGGCGGUAAAGGUCUUGGAAAGAGCGCUGCCAAGCGUCACCGCAAGAUCCUCCGCGACAACAUCCAAGGCAUUACCAAGGGCAGCAUCCGUCGUUUGGCUCGCCGUGGCGGCGUCAAACGUAUCUCGGCCACUAUCUACGAUGAGGUCCGCUAUGCUUUGAAGAAUAGGCUGAAGACCCUUCUCCAGGAUAUUUGUGCUGUUCUGGAAUGCACUGCUCGUAAGACUGUUACUGUUCCAGACGUUGUCUUCGUUCUUAACAGACACGGCACUCCCAUCUACGGGUUUGAUGCGCCCUUCCGCACCCGCAUUUAG